GUCCAGUACUAUCAUAUCCGACUGCUGCUGUACCAAGUACUUCAAGCUUCAAGUUUCAACUGCCGUGCUUGUCGACCCAGCAACUCACUUUAUCAGACAUGAUAUUCUAUUCGUCACCGACAAUGGUUCUCCUGUGUUUUCAGAGCGCUGCGAGUGGGCUUUGAAAUUGGACUCUCACGAACUCCUACAGUAUGCGAGACCUUGCGAGUAUCAAUUGAUCAAGCUAUGUAUAUUUCCAGGCUGUCUCGCCUGCAGCUCCAAAGCCACGCAAAGCACUACAUAGCAAUGCGUUGCAUCCAUCCUUCCCAACCCAGUUGCUGGUAACAUCAAGCAUGGAGGGCUCUCAAAAACUUCUACGGCUACUGCAGCAGCACACUGUCCGUCUGGCCUGCUUCAUAUUAUUUCUCGCUGCAUCCCUCUUUCUCUUGGUCGGGUUAUCUUUACCAAUUAUCAAGCCAAUCAUGAUCAUCAAAAUUUCAGCAAUAAAUUCUGUUGAUCCCGUCUCGACUGCAAUCACAGAACUGCAAUUUGGAGUAUGGGGUGUCUGUGCAUUGAGUAUCCUUAACGGCGUCAAAGCACAAGAAGCAUGCUAUGGCCUACAGUUGGGAUACACCGUUCCUACAAGCAUUUUGUCUCUCGUUGGCUUCUCCUCCAAGCUCGCAAAUGUUGCAAACACGACCCUCCUGACUAUACUUGUGCUGCAUCUCGUCAAUGCAGCACUUUCGACCGUCGCCUUGGUGUUGUCUCUUUUACUUCGCUCACACUUAAUCACAACAAUCGGACUCAUAGUCGCCACAAUAGCAGCAGUUGUUUCGACUGCUGUUUUUGCUGCAAACGUUGCUCUGGUUGUCGGCGUCAAAAACAAUGUCAACUCCCUUUUCCCUGGAUGCGACUUCGCUGUAAGCUUUGGCAAUGGCUUGUGGAUGGUACUAGCGGCGGUGCUUUUGGCUUGGAUAGCGGUUAUCAUGCUGUCAGCACAACGAUGUUCUUGCCGUAGUGUGGGUCGACGCCCAAAACCAAAGGCGCCCAGAUCAGUUAUAUCUGAAAAGAACAGUAUGGAGAAGGUCUUGUUCUAAAAUGGACAAUUCUGCCAUGUCCGACAAGUUACGAAUACAAUGUGGAUGACCGCGAUAAUAAUUCUACCAAUAUUCUGUAUAUAUCGAUGAUUAUUGAUCAUAGCGGCAUUUUAAACAGC